CACUGCCUACGUUUUUGUUUAACCAGUUUUUGCCUCAAUUUUCUGGGGAAGACUUUUUCAGAUCAUCUCGUUUAUCCAAGAUCUUCAUGUUGUGUUCAUGAUAAUCCAUUCUUAAUUUUCCAUCAUGAUCCAUUAAUCUAUGAAUGUUUGACUUCGCUUAAUCCAAAAUUACCGGACCAAUUACUUGUAAUAAAGUGUUGGAAUCUGACCAACUUUCUUAAAGUAGGUAGCUCAAUAGUUUAAGAUAUUGAUUUGGUUUCAUAUGGAUCAGUUCCUCAUAAGUUCUUAAGCACAACAAGACAAGUGAGAGGGAACUUACAGGCUUUGGUUCCAGUUUUCUGUGAAGUAAUGGGUCGAGCUCGAGCCAUUCGUUUGUUUCCGGUACUUGUGUUAGUCCUGUUCUUUGUCAUUGCGGCAGAGGCAAACACUCAGGAAUAUGGCUAUAUGCUGAUUCUCAUGGAUGAGUGGAAUAUAAAACCUCCCAGUUGGGUGAGUGCCGAUCCUUGUGACGGCUGGGAAGGUAUUAAGUGCACCAAUUCACGCAUCACCGCCUUAGCGUUGGCGAACAUGGGUUUGAAAGGCCAGCUACCCACUGAUAUCGAGUUGUUAUCUGAGCUGGAAAUUCUGAAUUUGUCUUUCAACGAGGGUCUGACAGGACAACUUCGAGCUUCAAUUGGAAAUUUGAAGAAACUAGUACACUUAAACCUGGUUGGUUGCAGUUUCUUUGGUCCUAUUCCAGAUGCUAUAGGAUCUCUAACGAGGCUGUCAUACCUAUCUCUGAAAAAUAAUAGUUUCAGUGGGCCGAUUCCGCCUUCAAUUGGUAAUCUGUCCAGUCUGACCUUCAUCGACUUAUCAGACAACAAGCUGCAGGGAUCUAUCCCAGUCUCUAACGGGAGUACACUUGGUUUAGACAAGUUACUUAAGGCGAGACACUUUCAUUUUGGGAACAAUCAGCUCUCAGGUCCAAUUCCGCCUGGACUUUUCAGCUCAGACAUGAGAAUGAUACAUUUAAUCUUCGACAGAAACAAUCUAAGUGGUAGCAUCCCUUCCACAGUUGGACUUGUUCAGACAUUGCUCGCAAUACGCCUGGAUGAAAAUUCAUUAACUGGGGCUGUGCCUACGAGCCUCAACAACCUGACAAAUGUGGCUGAACUGCACUUGGCCAAUAAUAUGCUGACUGGCCCUAUACCCAACCUUACUGGAAUGAAUCUCCUCAGCUAUGUGGAUUUGAGCAACAACACUUUUGCUGUGUCGAAUGUUCCUACCUGGUUUUCCACCUUGAAGCUUUUGACAACAUUAAUGAUGGAAAACACAGGGCUGCAGGGAGACAUUCCCCAAGCCCUCUUCAGCUUUGGCAAUUUGGAGAAAGUGGUACUGAGGAACAACCUUCUCACUGGCUUAUUGGAUAUUACGAAUUCCAGCAGCGACUUGCAACUAAUUGAUAUGGAGAGGAACUUCAUUACUGAACUUACACAAAACAAGGACGGAUUUAACUACACAUUGAUACUGGUCAAUAAUCCAAUUUGUGAGGGGAGUCAGAAUAUUAAUUACUGCAUUGUUACUCCAUCCAUUGUACCAAACUCAAUGUCACCAACUCUAAGUAACUGCACGCCUGUGGCUUGUCCCUCAGGACAGGUUUCUUCCCCCAACUGCAAAUGUGCAUAUCCCUACAGAGGAACACUAGUCUUCAUCUUUGUUUCUUUUUCAAACUUGGGAAACUACAGUUACUACAGAUACCUUGAGAAAGCUAUCAACGACAGUUGUCAGUCCUUUAACCUUCCAGUGGAUUCAGUUUCUCUGGGUCGUCCUGCCUGGGGUUCAUCUUUUCAUCUUGAGCUUGUCAUAGAAAUCUUCCCAUCUGGUGAUCAAGUGAGAUUCAACCAAACAGGAGUUUCAGCAAUUUCUUCUUUAUUGAGCAACCAGACUCUUGACGGGCGUCCAAGAUUUUAUGGACCCUAUUCUUUGUUUUUUCCUUCCAGCAGCUCUGGAGGAUCAAACAAGGGAUUGAUAAUUGGUGCUUCAACAGGUGGUUCUGUGCUUUUGUUGUUGAUAGUCCUUGUUGGGGGUUAUGCUCUCUAUCAAAAGAGGAGAGCAGACUCACCAUCGCGUAGAUCCAUCCUUAUGACAGCGGUUCCCGGUGCUCCAGAGUUGAAAGGAGCAAGGUUGUUCUCUUUUGAAGAGUUAAAGAAAUACACAGACGAUUUUUCAGAGGCAAAUGAUAUUGGAUCUGGGGGUUAUGGUCAGGUGUAUUGUGCCACUCUUCCUACCGGCCAAAUGGUUGCUAUUAAAAGAGCUAGACGGGAAUCUAUGCAAGGUGCGCCUGAGUUCAAAGCUGAGGUUGAGCUUCUAUCAAGAGUACACCAUAAGAAUCUGGUCAGCCUUGUUGGUUUUUGUAUGGAGCAAGGUGAACAAAUGCUGGUAUAUGAGUAUGUUCCAAAUGGUGAUCUGCUUAACAGUCUUUCAGGAAAGUCAAGAAUCAAGUUAGACUGGAUGAGGAGACUGAAAGUUGCUCUUGGUGCAGCCAAAGGCCUGGCAUAUCUUCAUGAACAUGCUAACCCUACCAUUAUUCACCGUGACAUUAAAUCAAACAACAUCCUACUUGAUAAAGAUCUGGAAGCAAAAGUUGCGGACUUUGGUCUCUGCAAGUCUAUGGCUGACACUGGAAAGGAUUAUAUUACCACUCAAGUUAAAGGGACAAUGGGCUACAUGGAUCCAGAGUAUUACAUGACUCAACAGUUGACUGAGAAGAGUGAUGUAUAUAGCUUUGGUGUGGUACUAUUGGAACUGAUAACUGCGAAAAGGCCAAUCGAACGGGGGCAUUACAUUGUGAGAGUGGUACAAUCUGCAAUGGAUAAGUCAAAAGAUUUUUACAACCUUCAUGAAGUACUUGAUCCAGAAAUGGAUAUAGGAAAUGAUCAGCAGAAAAGUGUACAAAUGUUUGUCGAUUUGGCAAUGUUGUGCGUAGACGAAUUACGCGCUAAGAGGCCUAGAAUGGGGACAGUGGUGAAAGAGCUAGAGAAUAUAAUACAGAUUUCUGCUCCUAAAUGGAAUGACAACGCCAAUUCAGUAGCUACUUCAGCAAGUUAUGAGGACAGUGGAGAAGUUUCCAAGGAUCUUUACAGUGUAGUCUUCGAUUAUAGUACGGUUCUGGAAGGACGAAGAUAGAAGCUCAUUAGUAUGAUUUACAAUUAUACAGUACUUGACAGUUAGACUAUUGAAAUCGGUAGAAUUUGGAUUGCUAUGUGAAUAUCACUUGGUUUGGUUUUGAACAAGGGAAGAUUGCUCUGUGAAUAUCAGUCUACUUUUGUUUGAAAAUAAGGGUUCUAGCUGAACUGAUGUUUGUAUAUCUUAUUUUCGUAAUAUCAUUUAAUUGGAACCAUAAUGGUUCCAUUGUUUGCAUU